AUGUCCCAGCAUAAAGGAUUAUCUACACCACAGAAUAAGUUUCUUGAAACUAUAGUUGCACGCUCAGAUGCAUUACAUGCAAACUUUGUACUUGGUAAUGCACAAAGAAAGUAUUAUCCUAUUGUUUACUGUUCUGAUGGAUUUUUACUGUUAACUCAUUAUUCAAGAGCGAAUGUUAUGUCACGUAGUAGUAUAUGCCAAUUUUUAUGGGGUUCUGAAACAACGCCAACAGUUCGUAUGGAAAUCAAUCAAGCAUUUCAUAAUCAUUAUGAAUACAGAAAUAGAGCUAUAUUUUAUACACGUACUGGUGAACCAUUCACUUGUGAUUUUACAGUUACACCGAUAAGAAAUGAAAGAUCUGAAGUUGUUCUUUUUCUCUGUUCAUAUCAACAAAUAACGCAAGAUUUAAUACAUCCUAAUAUGUAUCAAUCAGGCUUCAAAAUGAAUCAUUCUAAAACUCAUUCUAUACUUUCAUGGGCAUCGGAAUUACCAUUUUCUAAAAGUUAUCUACAUAUGAGAAAUAAUAUUUUUGCCGAAACCGUUGAAAAUGAUGAAGCACAUCUACAACGUUCCUACUCCAAAGUCAACCUUACUCAAACAAGUAUUUUAAGUGGUUCUCCAGAAGAAAACGAUCCAUACGAGGAAUCACCUACAUCAACAACUACUUCACAGUCAAUAAGCAAACAUUAUCUUAAUAUUACUGGAACCGUCAGUGCAACCCCAUUAUCUAUAUCUUACAGUAAUCAGGAUCUUCUAAAAGAAUCCCAGAUCAAUAUUAAGAGAAAUUCAUAUGAUAUGACAUCAGAUUUUUAUAAUGAAACCAAACUAAAUUAUCCUAAAGAGUACUACCUACCUUCUUAUUGUCAGUCAACAUCGUUUGUAGAUGUCCUACAUAAUCCUUCGUGUACUACAAUACCCCAAAACAUCCCUCGUAAAUUUAAUGCAUGUAUUCAUAGAAAUUUGAGUAUAUUGUCAUUACCUCAAAUAAAAUCACAACUGAGAAAAUUCAGUCGAAGAAAAAGUAUAACGAAAACUUCUGAAGAAAUUAAUAAUAAAAGAAUUCAUGAGUUCACAUUAACUUCACCUGCGAAAUCUCCAGUUGUCAGUUACGCUAAAUUACAAUCUACUACUUGUAAUUAUUCACCUAUCAAAACAGACAAAAUUAUAACGGUAAAUGAGAAUAACAAGAAAACUCAUUUUUGGGAAAAUUUUGAUUAUCUACCCUAUUCAACUAUUCUAUCUAACCAGUCAAACUGUGAUCAAUCUAAAAAAGAUAAAAUACUACAUUCUAAUCAAAUAAAUUCACAACAAAGUCAUUUAACUAAUACAAAUCAAUUAUCAGGUGCCUUGAAAACAGAAUCAAGAAACAAUAGCACACAAUCAGAUAAUGUACUUAUUGAAAAUAAAAUUAAUAAAACUACCAAUUGUUUUUCAUUUAUUUCACAACGUUUAUCCGAUAAUCGAUCUUAUUCAUAUGGAAAUAUUUCAAAAAGAAUUUGUGAACCAGAUCCAAAAAAAUAUUCAUAUAAACGUCGAAAAUCAUUGGCUUUAAUACAUGGACUUGGAUUUCGUGGGCGCAAAAUUCGAAAAAGCAAUUCAUCAAAGCUUAAUCAACAAAUUAAAAAUUUCAGCGUUAAAAAUGUCCCCGAAUAUAAAAUACAAAAAUUAACUAAAUCAAACUUUGUUCUUCUACAUUAUGGCCUUUUUCAUAUAAUAUGGGACUGGUUACUUUUGAUAUUAACAUUCUAUAUAGCAUUUAUUGUACCAUAUAAUGUAACAUUUGAAAGUCAUUCAACGCAUUCUGGUCGAUGUAGAAUUAUUGAUUUAAUGGUAGAAAUUUUUCUAAUUGUUGAUGUUAUAUUAAAUUUUCAUACAACAUAUGUUAAUAAAAAUGGUCAAAUUAUAAAUGAUCGUCAUUUAAUUGCAAAACAUUAUGCUAAAGGAUGGUUAAUAUUAGAUUUAUUAGCUGCUUUACCAGUUGAUUUUAUAUUAAUUAUAUGUCAAAUUACAUCAAUUAUUAAUUUAAAUGAUGUUAAUAUGAAUACAAAUUUAAUUGAAAAAUUCAAUAAUGUAAAUGUUUCAAUAAAUGAAACAAAUGGAUUACAUUUAUAUAAUAAUAAUAAUAGUAAUAAUAAACAUGAAAUAAGACCUAUAGUGAAUUUUAAUUUGAUAUCAUUGUUACAAAUGAUGAAACUUGCAAGGUUAUUACGUUUAGCUCGUCUUAUACAGAAAAUAAUUAGAUUAUCUCAGUACAGUGUAAUUGUAUUAGGAUUACUUAUGUUUAGUUUUGCAUUAGUAGCACAUUGGUGUGCUUGUAUUUGGUAUGUCAUUGGUUUAUACGAAAUUGAUGGUUCAGAUAUUGGUUGGCUGGAAGAUUUAGCAAGACGAUUAAGGUCUCCUUUUCAGUUAAAUAGAUCCGGUGGACCUACAGAAGGAUCUAAAUAUUUUACCGCAUUAUAUUUCACAUGUAGCAGUCUAACAUCCGUAGGAUUUGGUAAUGUUUCAGCAAAUACAACAAAUGAGAAGAUAUUUGCUAUUUGUAUCAUGCUUCUUGGAGCUCUCAUGCAUGCUGCAGUUUUUGGCAAUGUCACUGCUAUUAUACAACGAAUGUAUGCACGUCGAACAACUUUUCAAUCAAAAGUUCAAGAUUUAAAAGAAUUCAUUGAAGUAUAUCGAAUACCUAAAACACUUAAAAGUAGAAUGGAAGAUUUCUUCCAGACAACAUGGGCAAUUAAUCGUGGAAUUGAUGUACCAGAAGUGUUGAAAAUUUAUCCAGAAGAAUUACAGGGUGACAUUUAUUUACAUUUAAAUCGUGAAGUACUUGGAUUGAAAGUAUUUGAAAAAGCUAGUCGUGAUUGUUUAAAAUCUUUAGCCAUUAAUUUUAAAUUAACAUUUUGUACACCUGGUGAAUAUUUAAUACAUACUGGAGAUAUUCUACGUCGUUUAUAUUUUGUAUCAAACGGAUCAUUAGAAGUAUUAGAAACAGAUGAAGUGGUUGCUUUACUUGGUAAAAAUGAUUGGUUUGGUGCAUUUUUAGAAACCGAUAUACCAAUAAAUGGUACAACUAAUAAUAUAUCUUCAUCAUCGUUCCCAAUUAUACGUUCUAGAUGUGAUGUAAAAUCAUUAACUUAUUGCGAUCUACACUACAUAGAUUUAAUUACAUUAAGCGAAAUAUUAAAUCAACAUCCACGUUUUAAAGCUGAAUUAAAAAGUUAUUUAUACGAAGAUUUAUCAUUCAAUAUACAAGAAGGAGUUGAAAAUUAUCUGUCAAAUGAUGUGAUUACUGUUCCAGCUAUUACACUACAAUUAGCUAAUGAUGAAAAAGACUGGGAGGAUAGUGAAACUAAACUGAAUAUUAUUAAAGAUGUGGAAAGUUUGAAACCGCCUAAAUUUAUAUUUGAUAAUAAAGGAAGAAGUUGUAGUUUAACAACAUAUGAUGAAGAAUCUGGCCUGUUAAUUCCUCAUGCAAACGAUCGAUCAAAUUCUGAAAUAGCAAUUACUAAAACAUUAUCAUCAAUAACAAAGCCAACAGUAACGGGAACAAAUCAGAUUGGAUGGCAAUUUAGAUCGCCAACUCUUGGUACAAAAUAUUUAUCUCAUUAUCCAAGGCGUUUGCAAUCCACGGAUAAGAUUGUAACAAAACGAAGAUUUUUUCUACUAAAAUCAUCUAAAUCAUCCGGUUGUUCAAGUAAUUUAGACUUGACACAAAAGUCAAAAGAGAAUAAGUCACCACCUAAUUAUAAACCCAUAGAACAGCUAAAUGAAACUAUGAGUCAUAAAACAUUUACUUGUAAUUCGAAAUCAUUUAGUCCUAAACAAAAUCGUCGUCAUACUAUGCCAACAGUUGAAGCUCGAAAUUCGGUAUCAAAAGCAACAAGUUCUAGUGUGAUGAAUGCAUACCGAAGAUCUGAUCGUCAUACAGAUGAUACAUGGAUAUUUUCAAAUCAUUCAAGUGGAACACAGUCAAAUGACGAAUUAUGUUUAUCAAGCAUUACAUCACCACAGUGUUUAUCAUAUAAUUAUGAAAAAAUUCCUUUAUUAUCCGGUCAGUGUCUUUCAAUUCCAAAUGUAAAUUUUACAGAAAAUACACAACCACAAAUGGUAUCUAGUAAGCCUAUAUGCGUAUCUAUGCAACUGACACAAUUCAACUCACUUAAUUGUGAUAUUAAUACAAUUUCAACAUCAAAUUUAUGUUUAUAUACACCAAAUACUUCUCCAGUCAAUUCAAUUUGGUCAUGUACAAAUGAUUACAAUCAUAAUCGAUGUACAUUAUCAAAUCGUGUAUAUCAUAUACAAGGCAGCAAUUUGCAUGAAAUUAAUUUAACCAGUGAAUUACGUCAUUUAAAUAAUCGUUUAGACUGUAUAGAAUUACAAUUUACAAAAUUAUUUAAAUUAAUAGAAUCUAAACAAUUUUUAUAA